AUGUCAUCAUCAUCCAAACCGCUCGAUUUCGUUAAUUAUGUUUGUGAUGAUUUGGACAACCUUAUAAAACGACAGUAUGAGAUCGACUCCUUGGGUAUAACAAAAAACUUACCACUCGUUAGUGACGACGACAAGCGAGCGAUAGACACUAUCGAAAAUUCUGCUCGCCAGCUUGAAGAUAAUCACUACGAAGUUGGAUUGCCCUGGAAAAAGGUCCUACCAACUCUCAUACCUGAUAGUUACCCACAGGCACUAUCCCGUCUCAGAGCUCUUGAAAGACAAAUGUCCAAAGACGAGUCAUUGCGGCAGCAUAUCACAAUUUUAUUAAUGAUAUCGUCCGUAAAGGUUAUGCCGAAGAGUGUGAUCCACAGACGUAUUAUAAACGACGGCCACAGAAUAUUUCCUGUACUAAUCCGAAUGGUACAAUCCGUUGGUAUCUGCCAACCUUCAGGAGAGGGCGCUGUGGCAUUAAAUGCUGACAUUAAAGAAAUGUUUCCGCAAAUAAAAAUUGCUGAAAAGGAUAGGGAUGCUCAACGCUUUCUUUGGCGUAAUAAAGAUGGCACAAUUAUGGAGUACCGUAUGAAAGCUAUGAUUUUCGGUGCUGUAUGUAGUCCAUUUAUUGCGCUCUAUAUUAAAAACAAAAACGCAAAGAAAGCAGAGGCCACCUAUCCCCUCGCAUAUAAAGCAAUAGUGGAAGAUCAUUAUAUGGAUGACUACCUCGGAAGCCACUCUAAUGUCACUGAAGCAGCACAGAUAGCAUCCGAUAUAAUCACUGUACAUAAAACAUGCGGUUUUGAAAUGCGGGGUUGGAUAUCAAACAACUCACAAGCAUUGUCUCUCGUCCCCAAAAACCUCAGAAGCGAAUCGAAUUCCGACGUUUACUUACCACCAAAUAACGACGUUGGUAUUCUAGGCGUUAAAUGGAACCCUCUCCAUGACUCGCUCACCUUUCGUACAGGACACCAAUUACCUGACGUUCUAACCAAACGUAGCUUACUGUCCAAUAUUAUGAAGGUGUAUGACCCACUUGGCUUAUUAAUGCCUAUCAUCAUCUCGGGUCGUAUCCUAUUUCAGAAACUGUGGCGAGCAGGUAUUGACUGGGAUACCCCCAUACCUCUCAAAUUUAUCGUUGAAUGCGAAGACUGGUUGGGAGAGAUACUGGAGACCACAAAUCCGUGCAAUUGGAGGUGGAUUCCUACCUCUCUCAACGUGGCCGAUGAUGCCACUAAACCCAAAAAUAUAGACUUAUCUCUAUCUCACAGAUGGUUUACCGGCCCACCAUUCCUUUUAGAACCACCACUUCUUUGGCCGACUGAGAAUGAAAGCGACGCAGAGGAGAUUUCACCAGACCCCGAGCUAAAGUCGGAACUUGUGAUGUUGCUCUCCUGCGUCCAAUCACCUGAUCCCCCAGUACCUAUUGCAAUUCGAUUCAGUUCGUGGCUUCGUUUACUACGUGCUACCGCUCGCGUUCUCCAAGGUGCACGUCUGUUUCGGCUUAAACUAUCUCGGCCAAUUAACAUAAAUUCUAAAUUGUUUCUAGAUGACACCACAUCUCCCUCGCAACUUCGUGUUCGGGACGUCAUAGAAGCCGAGAAGAUGCUAUUCCGUCGAGCUCAAAUAGACAGCUUCCCCGGAGAGCUGAAAGCCAUCCAAACUACGCAGCCCCUGCCCAGAAACAGUCGCAUUGCUACACUUGCACCGGUACUAGACGAAGAUGGAUUAUUACGAAUAGAUUCUCGUAUAAAACGUGCCCCAGACGUGUGUGAGAAUGCGAAAUCACCUAUCAUUCUGGAUGGCCGCCACCAUAUCGCACGGCUACUGAUUCUCCAUCAUCACAUACAGUCAGCACAUGCAUUCAAUGAGCUCAUCUUAAACGAAAUAAGACAAAGAUUUUGGAUACUAAGAGCACGAAAUACUAUCCGCAGCGUAGUACACACAUGUAUGCAGUGUCGUAGAUGGAAAGGCAAGGUAAUCAAGCCACAGACUGGCGACUUACCGCUAGAACGAGUUGACCACAGCAAAAGACCAUUUACGCAUGUAGGGCUCGAUUACUUUGGCCCUAUUGUAGUUACCGUACAUCGUCGCAACGAAAAACGCCGACGCCGCCAUAAUGAGUCUGAGGCGUUUCAUAGCUCGUCGAGGAUCCCUUGUACCAUAUACUCGGACAAUGGUACGAAUUUUGUUGGUGCUUUCCGUGAAUUACGAUGCUUUUAUGACGACCCGGUGGUAGAGUACGCAACCAACCACAAAAUUGAGUGGCAUUUCAUCCCACCUGCGUCGCCAUUCAUGGGCGGAGCCUGGGAGAGACUUGUGCGAACCGUCAAAACAGCCUUGAGAUCCUGUCUGAGCAGAAAAACAAUAAAGGAGGAAACAUUAGUCACACUCCUACUCGAAGCGGAAGCCAUCAUCAACGCGAGGCCACUCACGUAUAUUUCACCAUCGCCACACGCACCCGAGGCAUUAACGCCAUUCCACUUCAUCCUGGGCACUUCAUCAACAACACCAUGGACAAGUUCGCUAACAGACGCCGACUUAGUACGCAGAUGCGAUUGGAGGAGGGUACUGCGUCUGGCUGAUCACUUCUGGGCACGGUGGCUGCGCGAAUAUUUACCGACGCUCCGGUCAAGAGGACCCCACAGAGGGACGGCAACCGUAGCUGAGGGUGAUGUGGUGCUCAUCGCCGACUCUUCCCUACCUCGUGGCCUCUGGCCCCUAGGUAGAAUAGUCAAGGUCUAUCCAGGCCCGGACGGAGUGGUCCGCGUGGCGGACGUCCUUACUAAAGGCGGUGAGUGUGUUACAUUUUUGGAACAGCAAGUGUGGAGAGGUUUGUACGAUUUGCUCUAA